AGCUGGCUCAAUUCAGCGACCUUGCCUUAUGUAGCCGGCUUCGGAAAUUGGCCCGAUCCAGGCCGGGAGGAGCAAUGGCAGCAAUGCCAGUGCUGAAGACCGUCAUGAGCCCCGGGGGCGGCCUGUCCACGCAGGUGGAAGAGCCCACCUCCAUGAUGAGCAGCGGCAUGGCCAUGGCGGGCGGCGCCGCCGCGGGGGGAGGCCUCGCCUUCAUGCUCUGCACCUCGAAGUGCCCCGGCGGAAUUGGCGGGGCGCUGAGCGGCAUGAUCGGGGCCAUGAACCCCUUUAGCAUGCUGAUGAAGAAGGAUGAGAAGGAUGCGAAGGAAGAAGAAGGCGAAGAGGAUGGUAUGAAGAAGAUGGAGAAGCAGGUGGAUACUAUAGAAAAGGAGCUCUGCAACAUGAACUGCAAGAUGGCAGGACUCCUGGGCGGAGCCGCCGGAGCCGGCGCCGGCAAGCUGGUGGCAGACCAAGUCAACAAGAAGGAAGAAGGCGGAGGCGGAGGAGGAGGAGGAGGCAUGUUUCAGAUGCUGGAUGAGUGGAACGCUCCGCCAUUCUUUGUGCUCAGCAAGCAGAUCGAUGGACUUCAGGAAAGAUCCGAGCGAAGACCAGAGGUUGAGAGAUCAGCGAAGUUGGACUUCUUAUGAGCCGCGACCCCCUUCCCCACAAAGUUUGUCCGUCGGCGCGCACGCAGAAGGUCUCUUAGCCUCCAAAAUUCGCGGCUCACACGUUUCACAGCUUGCCAGAUGCACAAGCGGAGUGUUGG